AUGUUGUUCCAGCCACUCUUUGCUGCGGCUCUUUUGAGCGCUAUCACAGCUGUUGCUUCGCCUACAUGGUCUGCUCAGCAGGAAUACACCAAGUCUUUGCCAAAGAGUGUUUCCAAACAUCAAGGAACGCGUCCGAAGACCGACAUCUCUCCGAAGAAGCCCUUCAAGCCUUUCCCUUCCUCACCUUCCAGAAACAGAGUCUGUUAUGUUAGCUCUCACAACGACGGCGUGACCGACGACUCGGACUACAUUCUUUCCGCCAUCAACAAGUGCAACAAUGGCGGUCAUGUCAUCUUUUCCCAGGGCCAGAAGUACGUGAUCGGUACGGCAUUGAACCUGACCUACCUCAACCACAUCGAUCUCGAUAUUCAAGGUUAUGUUCAAUUCACCAACGACACCGACUACUGGCAAGCAAAUGCUUUCAAGCAAGUCUUCCAGAACGCCACUACAUUCUUCCAGCUCGGUGGAAACGAUGUGAAUGUCUACGGUGGUGGUUUCCUCGAUGGCAACGGCCAAGUCUGGUAUGACUUGUAUGCUCAGAACAUCUACAUUCUCAGACCUAUCCUCUUUGGUGCUGUCGGUCUGCACAACUCGACUAUCCAGAACUUGAACUUCCGCUACAGCCCUCAGUACUACAACUGGGUUGCCAACAGCACCAAUGUCUUGUUCUCGAACAUCUCCAUCUCUGGAUCCAGUCAGAGCAAGAACCCAGCCAAGAACACUGAUGGAUGGGACACCUACCGCAGCGACAACAUUGUCAUCCAAAACUCAAACAUCAACAACGGCGACGACUGUGUCUCUUUCAAGCCAAACUCUACCAACAUCCUUGUGCAGAACUUGCAAUGUAACGGCAGCCACGGCAUCAGUGUUGGCUCCCUAGGCCAAUACCCCACUGAAACCGAUAUCGUCGAAAACGUCCUCGUCUACAACGUUUCAAUGUCCAACGCCAGCGACGGUGCCCGCAUCAAAGUCUGGCCAGGCUCACCCGCAGCCCUCUCCGGCGACCUCCAAGGCGGCGGUGGCAAAGGCCGCGUCAACAACAUCACCUACGACACCAUGAGCAUCAACAACGUCGACUACGCUAUCGAAGUCACUCAAUGCUACGGUCAGAAGAACUUGACUGCUUGCAAUGAGUUCCCUUCCAAACUGACCAUAUCAAACAUCGUCAUGAAGAACAUUCAUGGCACCACUAGUGCAAAGUACAAUCCUAUUUCUGGAUAUGUGGUUUGCAGUAGCCCGAGCGUUUGCACCGACAUCAAGUUGUCGGAUAUCAAUCUGAGCAGUCCGAAUGGCACGGUGAAUGAGUUUUCGUGUGGCAAUGUGGAUGAGAGUUUGUUGCAGGGCAUCCAAUGUACCACUAUCAACAAAGGCUACAACUAA